AUGACAGUAGAAACUUGGAAGCCCUUAGAAGUUGUAAUCCUUGGAGGGGGGUUGGGGGGUCUCUCAUGUGGAAUCGCCUUGAGAAACAAUGGCCACAAAGUUAGAAUAUAUGAAAGGUACGAUUACGCUGGUGAAGUGGGAGCUUCUUUAUCUUGUGCAUCUAAUGGAGGAAGGUGGCUCCAUGAUUGGGGAAUUGAUCCUUUGGAUUCUAAGCCAGUAAUUUUGAAGAGAUUGAUAAAACAUAAUUGGAAUACGGGUAACAUAACCGAUGAAUAUGACUUGGGAGAUUAUGCUGCGAAGUUUGGAUUUCCCUAUUACAAUUUCCAUAGAAUUGAUCUUCACACAGUUUUAAUGGAUAAAGCAACUUCAAGCGAAGGAAAAGGAGAGCCUUGCGAAUUAAUUUUGAAUCACAAGGCAGUAAACAUAGACUAUGAAAAAGGGCAUAUUGUAUUUGAAAAUGGCGAAGAAACAUCCGCUGACUUAAUUGUUGCAGCGGAUGGAAUUCGUUCUUUAACUAGGGAACAGCUUGGGCUAGUACCUAACUUCAAGCUCGCAGAUUCAUCGUGCAUUAGGGUCCUUUUUGACACCGAAAAAGUGAGAAGCAAAGGACUCCAAGACUUUUCCACUAAUGACGCAAUUGAAUUUUGGGGAGGUGAAAAUAAAUACAAAAUUGUCCUCUCUCCUUGCUCUAAUAAUGAGGUGGUAUCUUGUUAUUGUUUCUUUGACGCAGGAAAAGAAGAUUUAGAUAGCGGUUGGAACAAUACUGUAUCCAUUGAAAAGCUAAAUGCAUCCUUACCAAAUUUGGAUCCAAAUUUAAAGCGACUUUUCAUAGAAUGUGGAUAUGAUAUUAAGCAAUGGAGAUUAUACAUCCAUCAGCCAUUACCUUUUUUCUAUAAUACAAGUCAAGAUGGAUUAAAGGGAACAGUCUUAUUAGGGGACGCUGCUCAUCCAAUGAUGCCAGAUCAAUCCCAAGGUGCGGUUUCCGCGUUUGAAGAUUCUGGAGCUCUUGGUUAUAUAUUUUCUAAGAAAUUCAAUCUCACUGUUAAGCAAGGCUUGAAAAUUUAUGAACUAGUGAGAAAGCCUAGGGUGACAAAGAUCCAAGCAGCAUCUUUAAGGGCCCGCGAAAAUCUUAACGAGAGAAUUGGAUGGAGCACAAAUUCACUUAAAGAUGUAAAUAAGUUGACCAUUGAGGAAGUGUGUGGCUAUGACAUGAAAUCUCAUAUCGACGGAUUAAUUGAAAAAGAGAAAUUCUAG